UCGAGAACGCCGCCAGCAUUAUAUAAAUUUCCCUUCUCUCUAGCGCCUUCAAAACUCAAGCAGAAUCAUCUUCUGGGGAAGAGCAGAGAGCUUUUAAUAGAGAGAGAAAGGGUGAAGAUUGCAGAAUUGCUCUGUUUCUGCGUGCUCUGUUUUUAGAGGUUACGUAGAUAAGGACCGGCAGCUGUGAUGACGUCUUCUCUUAGUAGAGACCUCAUCUUCCUAAUUUUACAGUUUCUUGAUGAAGAAAAGUUGAAAGAAACUGUUCACAAGCUUGAGCAAGAAUCAGGAUUGUUUUUUAAUGUAAAGUACUUUGAGGAACUUAUCUUGAAUGGCAACUGGGAUGAGGUUGAGAAGUAUCUCUCUGGGUUUACUAGAGUGGAUGAUAACCGCUACUCUAUGAAGAUUUUUUUCGAAAUCCGCAAGCAAAAGUAUCUCGAGGCAUUGGAUAAGCAUGAUCGAGCCAAGGCUGUAGAUAUCCUAGCAAAGGAUUUGAAGGUGUUUUCCUCUUUCAAUGAAGACUUAUUCAAGGAAAUUACUCAACUCCUCACAUUGGAUAAUUUCCGGGAAAAUGAUCAACUCUCCAGUUAUAGGGACACAAAGACAGCAAGAACAAUUAUGCUGAUUGAGCUCAAGAAGCUUAUUGAGGCCAAUCCACUUUUCCGUGAUAAAUUGCAACUUCCUAACAUAAAAGGCUCAAGGUUGCGGAUGCUUAUCAACCAAAGCUUGAAUUGGCAGCAUUCCCUUUGUGGAAAUACAAGGCAAAAUCCUGAUAUAAGAACACUCUUUGUGGACCACAAUUGUAGAAAUUCCAAUGAUGCAUAUGCCCAUUUCGCUGCAAGCAAUCAAUUCGUAGGUUCUGCUCCAAAAACUGAAGGUUUCCUUCCAAUAGUUGCAAAUGGGCCAUUCCAACCUACGUCAGCACCAGUACCAGUACAGACUCCUCUGACCACAUGGAUGUCUAAUCCCUCAACUGCAACUCAUCCAGUAGUUUCUAGAGGUGGAUUAAGUUUCAGCAGCCUAAAUGCAGGUAUGGCUGCAAUGUCAAAGGGUCACGGCGAUUCUGAUGCUUCUAGACCAAGGAUAUCUGGAGCUCAAGAUAGGGUAAUGUUGCCAGGAAAUAAUUCUGGUCAAAAUCAUCAUGUCUUGGCUUUUAAUAUAAUUGAUGACUUGCCCAAGACUGUGGCGCGUACAUUAAAUCAGGGUUCUGUUCCCACAAGCAUGGACUUUCAUCCUAUUCAGCAAACUCUACUUCUUGUUGGAACUGGUAUUGGGGACAUUAGCUUGUGGGAAGUUAGUUCUAGGGAGAAGUUGGUCUCCAAAAAUUUUCAGGUAUGGGAUAUUGGAGCGAGUUCAAUGAUACUGAAGGCAUCUAUAAUCAAAGAUCCAUGUGUUGCUGUUAAACGCAUAUUAUGGAGUCCUGAUGGUUCUUUAUUUGGAGUUGCACAUUCCAAACAUAUGGUACAGUUAUACACCUAUUACGGUGGACAAGAUAUCAGGCAUCAUUUGGAGAUUGAUGCUCAUAUUGGAAGUGUAAAUGAUCUAGCAUUCUGCAACCCCAACAAGCAACUCUCUGUUAUUACUUGUGGUGAUGACAAGACCAUCAAGGUUUGGGAUGUGGCUACUGGUGCAAAACUGUAUACAUUUGAAGGUCAUGAUGCUUCUGUACAUUCUAUAUGCCCUCACUCUAGGGAAAACGUUCAUUUUAUCUUUUCAACAUCAGUGGAUGGAAAAAUAAAGGCAUGGUUAUAUGAUUCAAUGGGAUCCAGGGUUGAUUAUGAUGCUCCUGGUCACUCAUGCACCACAAUGGCCUACAGUUCUGAUGGGAAAAGGCUAUUUUCAUGUGGGACAAGUCAAGAGGGAGAGUCGCACAUGGUGGAAUGGAAUGAAAAUGAAGGUUCCAUAAAAAGAACAUAUCAAGGGUUUCAUAAACGUUCUUUGGGAGUUGUUCAAUUUGACACUAGCAAGAACAGGUUCAUAGCUGUUGGUGAUGAUUACUCAAUCAAAUUUUGGGAUAUGGAUAAUCCCAAUAUCUUGACAGCCAUUGAUGCUGAGGGAGGACUACCAGCAAGUCCACGAAUCCGAUUCAACAAGGAAGGCACUUUAUUGGCAGUUUCUGCAAAUGAUCAUAGAAUCAAAAUCUUGGCAACUAUUGACGGGCUACAUUUGAUGCGCACAUUCGAAGGCCAUUCUCUUAUUGCUUCUAGACUUGGAAUAGCAUCCGACACUUUAACAAAGAAUGUUGAUACUAGAAACUUGGAUGAUGUAAAAGCAAGAUUACCUGAAGAACCAAACCCAGCAAAGACAUGGAAGCUCAUUGAGAUUAAUGAUCCUUCCCGGCUUCGGUUGCUGAGGCUCUCAGCUCGUGUUAAACCAGAUAAGAUUGCAAGGUUGAUCUACACAAAUUCAGGCUCUGCCAUCUUGGCACUGGCGUUGAAUGGCAUUCACCUACUUUGGAAGUGGACGCGAACAGACCCCAAUUUAAUUGGGAAGGUGACAACCAAGAUUAACCCUCAACUGUUGCAACCAUCUUCUGGCACAUUAAUGACCAAUGAUCUAACAGAUGCUAAAUCAGAAGAGGCUGUGCCCUGCUUCGCUUUGUCUAAGAAUGAUUCCUACAUUAUGUCAGCAUCUGGAGGGAAAAUUUCCUUGUUCAACACCAUGACAUUUAAGACAAUGACAACAUUCAUGUCUCCGCCACCUGCGGCAACAUAUCUUGCUUUCCAUCCUCAAGAUAAUAAUAUAAUUGCAGUAGGCAUGGAUGAUUCCACAAUACACAUUUAUAAUGUUCGCGUGGAUGAGAUUAAGUGCAAGCUUAAGGGCCACUCUAAGAGAAUUACUGGCCUUGCCUUCACCCAUGUGCUGAAUGUGCUUGUUUCCUCUGGGGCUGAUGCUCAGAUUAUUGUGUGGAGCUCUGACAAUUGGGAAAGACAAAAGAACACUUCGGUGCAAAUUCCAGCAGGGAAGACGCCUGCGGCAAUGUCAAACACCCAAGUUCAAUUUCACCAGGACCAGAUCCACUUCCUUAUGGUACAUGAGACUCAGCUUGCCAUAUAUGAAACAACAAAGCUUGAAUGCAAAAAGCAGCGGAUUGUUGGAGAAUUUUCAGCACCAAUCUCUCAUGCAACAUUCUCAUGUGAUAGCCAGCUAGUGUAUGGUAGCUUCUUGGAUGGAAUUCUGCGCAUAUUUACUGCAUCCAAUCUUGAAGUGCGGUGUCAAAUUAACCCUUGCUCUUAUUUUCAAUCAGAUAUUGUCAGUUCUACAGUAUACCCGCUUGUGAUAGCUGCAAAUCCCCAAGAACCUUACCAAUUUGCCAUAGGACUAACAGAUGGAGGUGUUAUAGUCUUUGAGCCUCUUGAGUUUGAGGGCAAAUGGGGUGUGUCCCCAGCUGUUGAAAAUGGGCCAGCAACCGCAAGUGGCAUUCCUCCUCCCAACCCUCCAAUCAUUGCCCUCGAUCAACCCCAGAGCUUGGAAUAAACAAACCAUUCUCCCUGUUUGCUUGUAUAAAUAUCAACUUCUAUGUAUAUUUAAAUUAGGAUUAGGAUUUAAACUUAAUUAGCUUAAAUUCAAAGUUCGUUUCAGGAAUGAGUUAAAUUUAAUGUUCAUUUCA